AUGCCUGCUUCCGGAAUAGCAGUUAUUUUCUUCAUAUGGGCAUAUGUUCCAGAAUCAUGGCUACAAUCUGCUGGCAUCUCGUACUAUCCUAGCAGAUAUUGGGCUUUAGCAGUACCAACAUAUGUGAUGGUGACCAUUAUUUUGAUGCUGGGAUUCUACAUUGGCCUUAACUUUAUUUCAACACCUUCGCCUUCUUCUUUAAACACAGUUUUUGAUGAAUUUAGUAGAGAUCCUUUGAGUAACGAGUGUUCUCUAGAAGAUGAAAAGCCCAUUGAUCCCAUUUCAGAUAUCGGCCUUGACAGAAUCAAUGAUGUUAUGUUCAAUAAUGCAACCUAACAGUCACACAUAUCUCUCAAUCCUAUUAUGAUGGGAAUUGCUAUCAUGCAAGUGCUGCUAAUUUGGGUUAUUGUAGGAGAACUAUAGCUACAGAGGUGAAAUUUAUUAAAUUGGUGUUGUGAGAGAAUGAUUUCAUUCCAUCUUACUGUAGAAUUUCCUUUUAAUGCUGAUUUUUUUAGGUCUAGUUUUUAAAAGCUGUUAUCUGCUUAUUUUGGAGUUUUGAACCUUGCUACUUGAUGAAUUGGCGGUGAAGAGUUGUAGAUAAGGAAACGGCCUCUUUGUUUAUAUGGACAAUAUUAUGUAUCUGACUCUUGUCCCAGAAUUGUGGUUGUAUUUGUGCACAUGGCCCACCCACCGUGGAAUUAUCAGGCCUCAGCGUAUCGGAGAUAGGUACCUAACAUGAUAUUGACACGACCACUUGAACACGCCCAAUGCCCACCAAAAUAUGGGAGACGGGGAUAUAACCUUUAUGUAUGUAAUGUGAUAAAUUUCAAUUGAGAAUAAAGUAGUUAAAAUGAGAAGUAUUUAUUUUUUUCAUA